AUGCUGCACACCGAGGGCCACGCUCUUCUUCGGGCCGUGGGUCAGGGUAAGCUACGCUUGGCCCGUUUGCUUCUGGAGGGGGGCGCCUACGUGAAUGAGGGUGAUGCUCAAGGGGAGACUGCGCUAAUGGCGGCCUGUCGGGCCCGGUACGACGACCCCCAGAACAAGGCACGCAUGGUACGCUACCUUCUGGAGCAAGGCGCGGACCCCAACAUCGCAGAUCGCCUAGGGCGCACGGCGCUCAUGCACGCUUGCGCGGGCGGCGGGGGCGCCGCGGUGGCCUCCCUGCUCCUUGCCCAUGGCGCGGACCCCUCAGUCCGAGAUCACGCCGGCGCCUCGGCACUUGUCCACGCCCUGGACCGCGGGGAUCGCGAGACCCUUGCCACGCUGCUGGACGCCUGCAAGGCCAAGGGCACGGAGGUCAUCAUCAUUACCACUGACACCUCGCCCUCCGGCACCAAGAAGACACGCCAGUAUCUCAAUUCCCCACCGUCCCCGGGGGUGGAGGACCCCGCUCCCACUCCUCCUAGCCCGGGGGUCUGCACAUCGCCUUCGGAAAUCCAACUGCAGACUGCAGGAGUGGGAGGACGAGGAUUGUUAUCCCCUCGCGCCCAGGAAGAAGAGGAAAAGAGGGACGUAUUUGAAUUCCCUCUUCCUAAGCCUCCCGAUGACCCCUCCCCUUCCGAGCCACUCCCCAAACCACCCCGCCAUCCUCCAAAACCCCUCAAAAGGCUCAACUCCGAGCCCUGGGGCCUAGUGGCCCCUCCUCAACCGGUCCCGCCUGCAGAAGGGAGGCCGGGGGUCGACCGCCUGACCGCCGAAUUCAACGGCUUGACCCUGACAGGUCGACCGCGUCUUUCCCGACGUCACAGCACCGAAGGCCCAGAGGACCCGCCCCCGUGGGCGGAGAAAGUGACGGGUGGGGGUCCUCUCUCUCGCAGAAACACAGCGCCAGAAGCUCAGGAGCCUGGCCCCUCUUCAGGGCUGAGGCAGAAACUGAGCCGCAUGGAGUCGGUGGAGCUCGAUACUCCCGGAAGUCUUUGCCCCGACUCGCCCGAGUGCAGCCGCCCGUCCCUGGAGCGCCGCAGAUACAGCGCCUCCCCGCUGACCCUCCCUCCAGCCGGCUCGGUUUCCUCCCCGCGCCAGUCCCAGGAGAGUCUUCCUGGGGCUGUAUCUCCGCUGAGCGGGCGGAGGCGGAGUCCCGGGUUGCUGGAGCGGAGGGGCUCGGGGACGUUGCUCCUGGACCACAUCGCGCAAACGCGGCCAGGUUUCCUGCCCCCGCUCAAUGUCAGCCCCCAUCCUCCCAUCCCCGACAUUCGCCCCCAACCCGGAGGUCGGGCGCCUUCACUGCCCGCCCCUCCCCAGGCGGGGGCGCCAGGCUCUCCCAGGACCAAGCGCAAGUUGGUGAGACGCCACUCCAUGCAGACUGAGCAGAUCCGCCUGCUAGGGGGCUUCCAGAGUCUAGGCGGGCCAGGGGAGCCUGGGCGCUGA